AUGGAUCCCCAGCAAUUAUCCCCUGAGGAAGCCGCCAACAAGGCCCGUGGCUACAAGGCCGCCAUGCACAACCCCAAUGUCUCCGAACAAGCCAAAAAACACUCCGAGCAGGCCCUUCACGACAUCGAAGGUACCGGUCAGCCCGAACAGCUACAGGAAGCGGGAGAGGAAGGUAAAGACCCAGGCAAUGUUGCUCGGGGCUUGAAGGCUGCUACCCACAACCCGAGGGUUUCUCAACGAGCAAAGGAAGAGGCGGAGGAGAGGCUGGAGCGUAUGGGUGGCGAGUAA